GUGCGGGUGGGCCAUUGACAUACCAUAACUUGAGCAUAAUUAUAUACACAACCUAGGGGCAUAGUGAACUUGAAGAAGUCGCCUGGGUCGCUCUUACUUGACGAGCGAGCGUGUAGCGGGGCGUAGCGGUGUCCCUUGUGCAGUGGACCUGCUUUACUGCAUAUAUACUAUCCUUACGUAGUCAGCAGCUCGGAGACUGCAAAAUGGCGUGCCUGCAGCGGGCCGGCUCGGCCGGGAUUUCUCGCGCUGGUAGCGGCAGCCUGCUCGCCGCCCCUCCUUGCUCACGCCUGCAGCGUCGGGGAAGCAAGACCCUGCCGCUUAGCCGCGCGGGGUCUGCUUGCGCGGCGCUUCCGGAGGGUAGCAACACGACAACGCAGCCCUCUGGCGCUGCGCCCUCAGUGGACCCGUUCACUGCAGCUGGUCGUCGCCUCCAAACUCUGCUAUCUCGCGUCGGCGACGGCGAGGACGAGCUGCUGGACUCGCUGGUCGCCGCGGAGGCGCCCGAGUCCAAGCUGCAGACCAGCGUGGUGCUCGGCGGCGUUGUGACGGUGGGCGCGGUCGUCGUGACCUCGCUGCUGGGCAAGGACCCCUGGGGGGGCGCCGGCCUCAACGCCGACACGCUGGCGGCCGUGGGCACUGGCCUGGCGGCGGCGCUGCCGCUGGCCGCGCUGCGCAUGUGGAGCUGGACGCCCGCCGCCGCGCAGGCGGUGCCGGCGCUGCAGGACGUGCACGACGGCCAGCUGGAGCUGCAGAAGCCCUGGCUGAGCAGCAUGAGCCGCGCGCAGGUGGGCUGCAUGGUGGCGCUGGAGGUGCUGCCGCUCACGCUGCUGCUGUUCCCGGCGGGGCAGGCCGGCAUCAUGGCGGCGGUGGGCAUGUACGGACAGUUGCUGAGCGGCGCGGGCCUGGAGGGCCAGGACACCUACCUGGCGGCGCUGGCGCUGGUGCUGACGGCGCUGGGGUGCGGCGUGGGCCGCAGCCUGGACCUGUCCGUCAGCGCGGAGGAGUACGACCUGGUGGCCACGGCCAGCCAGAACGCGGACAGGUACUACCGCACCAUGGCCGCCGACGUGCACACCAGCCCAGCCGAGGCCGCACGCGCCGCCGAGGCGUUCCGCUUCGUGGCGGCCGCCUGGCUGCAGACGCGCGGCGAGGCGGCGGCGCUGGCGGGCGCCAUCACCGCCGCCGACGUGCUGGCGCAGGGCGGGCUAUGGUACGCCACCCACAACCUGGCGGCGCCCGCAAUCGCGGCGCUGGCGGUCAGCGCGGUGGACUACUGGCACAUGCACACCGCGGUGCUCAAGCGCGAGCGUCGCCUUACCGGCACCGGCGGCGGCAGCGGCCGCGCGUAGAGGGGGAGAGUCAGGCUGCGUGGUGGCUUCGCGCUUGGGGGCGGGUGGGUCAGACUUUGGUUGGGGCGCCGAGCCCCAGCCUGGCCCGGCCUGGCCCUGGCCCCUGCCUGGCGUGGCAUGGAGCGUACAUGGCGACAGCGCGGUGCGGCCGCAGCUGCGGCUGCGGCACUAGUUGACUCGGGGGCGGGCUACCGAUGUGCCCCGCCCUCCCGGGACAAGACAGCAUUGACGAUGGUGCCGCCCACGUGCGGCGUCCUAUGAGUGCGGGUGUGUGUCGUAACGUGUUUGGUAGAGAUAUGUGCCCGUGUUCUUUUUGGUGUGCCUUGCCUAAGUGAGUGUGUUGUCGGGUAACAUUACCUGGGUUUUUGGUUCGUUGCUUACCACCGUGUUUCAGGGAGCAAGUGCUUUCCUGUGAAGGACUCAAGCUAUAAACUUGGGGCACAGGCCGCAGCUGAGGCCGAGGUGCCCCAUCACUUAUGCACGUUUCCCCCCCGAUGAGCAGUGUAUGGGUUUCCCUAAUUUUCCUGCGGAGGCUUAAACAAUGGCGCAGCCGUUAUCAAAUUAUGUGGAUGAAAGUAUUUGCGCGUGCAAGUCGCGCUUUACGCGAGUGAGGCUGCCUUGCGCCCUGGUUGUUGGGGCCCGCAUCUAUAACGUGGCGUUUGUUCGGCCGGCGCUGAGCCUUGCCGCCAGUUGCUGUGGGAGUGCGGCAGGGCGCAUCGGUGCUGGAGCGCCACUUGAAUUCCGCAACCGAAAUGGCACUAUUUGCUGCGGGGGAGGAGAGGUUGGAGCGAUUAGGAGCGGCGAGUGCAUUCACAACAGGGCUGCGAGAGAUGGAGAACGAGAGGACUCGGAGAGGCCCCCCGCGCGCGCGUGUGUCUGCCGCGCGGGGCUGAGACUGGAGCGGUGAAGAACGCGGAAGACCAUGGAGGAAGGGCGCCAAGAAGGGCGCCGUCACCGAACUGUGUGGCAUGCAAUGCGAAGCCGGGCAACGGGUGCGGACGAUGCACGGCGCGGGAGGUGCACGGUUGAAAGAGGCAUGCUGCCGGCGCUGCCGCCAGGAAUAGGCUAGUACUGAUGUAGGCUGGGGGCAGGUACGCAUGUGCUGAUUAUGAUGUGCCAGAGUAUUAACUGAACUGCGCGCCCUGGCAAGGCGGUGCAGCUGCACAUGCCGCGUGCUUUUGGGGCCGCCGACGUUUUGACGGGAUACCUACAUCCGAUGGGUUAAGCGUAGGCAAGGUCCGAGGUCUUGCCGUAGAGUAGCACUCACUACAACCCAUUCAGGGAAUGGGAUGGAAUCCGUCAGUUGCAGGAUGCUACGUGUCACAAGGCAGGCAAGGAUAAAGAAGCGCAAGGUUGGAGACACGUUGUAAGUUGGAUUACAU